AUGACAAGUUCCCUUGAAAAAGAUGACCCAUAUUAUACAUCAGGAGCUGUUAUUAUUUUGGUUGUUGGUUUGAUAUUUGAAAUCGCAAUUUUAGUUGUUUUGUCUCAUUCCGAAAAUCGUCAAAAAUUUGCUUUGAGAUUGUUGUUGCAUUGUCCAGGAAAUAUCGUAAUAACUAAUCCAUAUUUAGCCCAACUUUUAGCAGGAAACUUCAAAGAUAGAAGAAACGAAUCUUCUACAGGAGAUGCGGAGUUUUAUGAAGUAUUAGUUAAAGAUAUGCCUGAUGGAAUAUUGAUGUUGGAUAUUACAGGAAACGUUAUUUCCGCGAAUAACUCUAUUACAAGAAUUUUCGGAAUUAACAAUGAAGAACUUGUUGGACAAAACGUUUCUGUGUUUGGAAAGAAUUUUACCAGUGGAAAUCCAUUCGAAAAGAUCGAAAACAACACAAAGAAACAACUGACAAGUGAAGAUGAUUUCGAGGCAACUUAUAUCUACAAGAAAGCUGAUAACACGGAAGUCCACGCAAAUCUGACAUUCACUGUUUUGAAUAACAAUAUAAUCAUCAGUUUAAGAGAUGACACUCAAACAGUGAUGUACAACAGAUUAAUCGCUGAUGAACGUACAAAAAGUGACAGAAUGUUGGCAUCAAUUUUGCCACCAAGGUUAGUUGUUCGAGUACAAGCCGGAGAAAAGAAUAUCAACUUCGCGGUGCAAAGUAUUACUGUCGUUUUCAUGGAUAUCGUUAGUUUUACUCCUUGGUGUGGAAGUUUGCCUGCAUCAACGGUUAUGGCGGCUUUGAACAGAAUUUCCAAAGAGUACGACUCAAUUUGUGCGAUGCAUACAACGAUGACAAAGAUCAAAUGCAUUGGUGAUUGCUAUAUGGGAGCAGGAGGUAUCUUUGCUGAUGUAAAUCAACCAGCAGUUCACGCGAAAGAUGUCGUUGAAUUUGGAUUGGAAUGUAUCGAAGGUUUGAUGAAAGUCAACCAGGAAAUCAACCAAAAUUUGCAGAUAAGAGUUGGUGUAAACACUGGCGGUCCUAUUGUUGCUGGUGUUUUGGGAACAGAGAAGCCAACAUUCGAAAUUUUGGGUCCUGCAAUCAACAUGGCACAACAAAUGGAACAUCACGGUGUUCCAAUGAAAGUACACGUAAGCAGAGCUGUCUACGAAUUGAUUUACGGAGGACCAUUCGAAAUCAAAGAAAGAGGUGAAAUAGAAAUUAAGAAUGGACCUGUUGUAACUUAUUUAAUUGAUAAGAAGAAAUAA